CGACGCUCACAUCAAAUGGGGAGGUUGAGUAAUCUUAAAAUGUUAUUUACCUUUCUUGCAUCCCGUUUAGAGAGAUUAUAGGUGGUUUGGCGACACAGUCAUUCACUCAAAUCUCAUCGUCGGAGGACAUCUCAAUCAAAGAAAUUUGUAAUGUGGGUAAAAACUUCAACUUGUGCCAGAUGGUUGCACCUUCGGGAUUGAAAUCAUUCAGGAAUCUCGCGAACGGUAGCAAUAUUUAUACGUGGCAUCCAUCCCCUGCUGUCUAAACAUUAGUCAUCCAAACAAAAUCUUUAGUUUUCAGCAUGUCGUCCAAGAGGAUCUUCAACAUAAUAGUUGUGACAUCAACGUUUUGGUUCUCCGUUACUGUAUUAGUGCUGAUGUUCAACAGUGAGAUAACACGCGAAUCACUAACAAUGCUCAACGCGCCUGUAGUUUUAGACAGUGAUAAACAUCACUACAUGAAAGGAGCUGGUGUAAAUCCUUUACGUCCUGUUGACCACCAAAAGCACAUUAAAUAUCCUUGGGAAAAGGGUUCUUCUGAAAAACCGGCGGCCAAAGAUGGCCUUCUGUCUAGCGCUGCCAAAGCAGUGAAUGUUUUGGCGGGGGUUCUUCCAAAAAACAGUGGUUCAAGAUCUCGAGAAGUUUACGACGCGAGCAUAGCAAAACGCACGAAUCCUGGUGGUCUCGGAGAAGGAGGCAAACCGGCUUACUUAAUGUCCGACGAGGACAAAAAACUUGCGGAACAACAUUUUGGCGACCAUUCAUUCAACUGGGUACUUAGCGACAAGAUUUCGUUGGACAGGACCUUAGAGGACGUGAGAGGAGACCGGUAAGUUUCAAGUGCUCUAUCUAAAACAUACUUAUAUGUUCGUUUGCGUUAAAGAAGUUCAUCUACACCAAUGAUAUUAAUUGAAUGUUUGAUAUUCUUGUCAUCUGCUUUUCUGAAGCUCAGCUAAGGGUUUCAGAAAACCGUAUUUUAACCGGACACUUCCGGUGUGCGGAAUUACAUGCCUUCAUUCAUCUUGGCUGAGCGUUAGCGAUAGUAACUUUUUUAAAAUUACACUUCAAAAUUUUCGUUUCAAUAAGGAUGUUACAUGUAGUAGCCAAAUCCACCACUCACUUUGUUUUUAACUCAGUUAAUUUCUGAUUGGGUCAGAUUUUUUAAAAGACUUAAUUAUUUUUCGUCCACAAGUAAGAUUAGAGGUGUGGAUCAUCAAUUCAGAUUUUCCCUAAGGAAGACUCAGCUAAUUUGAUGUAGUAUGUUGUAAUAAUUAUUGGUCGUCAUGAGUGGUUAGGAUAAACAUCAGAAUUCUUAUUUCACUUUUUUUUGGCACUUUAUUAUUUUUUCAAUCUUCAUAAUUAUGAAUUUGAAUUUUUGAAGUUCUGAAUUUAUCAAUUUGAGCAUUGCAUUUUUCACUAAACUCCUACUAAAACUCGUUUAGGCAGUCUGUGAAAUAAAAACCGGAAUAUAUUGAUCUCCAUGUGAGGGUUUGUUCAUGUUAAAGCUGUUAUUUGCGGUAAAUAAUUUAUUGUGCUCAGAGUGGAGAAAUAUUGCUUUGUCUCCAGUUUAUAUCAAACAAUGUCUGUAUUAUUAACUCCAACUAUUUUUCCUUCCCUGUAGGAUAGUUAUUUUUCUAACUUUUAUUUGAAAGGAAUGUUGGCAGGUGCAAUAUCGGAUUUGUCGGCUAGAACCCUAGGUCACAUUUAAAACAUGGAUGUUGAGAAACUUCUGAAUACUACCCAUGGUAUCAUUGUAAAAUUCUGUGACUAUAAAAAUAAUCAUCUUUCUGCAGGAAUAAUUGUGCAGGCUAGUGUAAACUUAAACAUUGUAACUCUUAAUUUUCCCAACAGUAUUUAUGUCCAAUGUUCAACUUAGGCAGUUUUUAGUUUCUAUUUUGUUAUUUGUGUUUUGAGUUUAUGGUAAAUUUUGUUCUGGAGUAUCACUAAGCCUUUACAUUCUCAAGAUUAAAUUAGAUAUAAUUUUUCUGCACUGUCUGAGAAUUUUCCGUUUUAUCUAACAGUAUCCUCAGUGGAAAUUUAGUUCAAUUGUUCUGGAGUAUCAAUAACCCUUAACACUCUCAUGCUUUGGAUAUCAUUUUUCUGCAAUGUCUGAGAAUUUCCUGUUUGAUGAAACACUAUCCUUAGUAGAAAUUUAGUUCAAUUUGAUCUGUAAUUUGUGAUGACUAGUCACAGAAUUCAAAGCAUCUGGAAUUCAAAAUUUUGUCAAAUCCAAUAUCCACAAGGUACAAAUUGUAGGUGUCAUUCCCUGCUUCUUUCAACUUAAGCUUUAUUGUUGAGAAAAUGUUAAUUUUACUUUCAAUUAACACAAAGCUUAACAAAUCUAAGAGGAAAGUCAUUUCUGAGAAAAAUUAUGAAUUUUAAAUUAAAAUCUUUAAAUUGAUUUUUAAAUAAUGGUGUAAUUUUCAAAUUUCAAAUUGAUUUCAAAGAGAAAGACUAUAAUUUACAUGUGAUUAUAAACUUCUGUUGUUCUUUACAAGUUUUUUUAAAUCUUGUUUUAAAGUUUUUUUAAUAAAGAUUCUUUUGUUUUUAUGAAAAAGUGGGAAUAAUUCUCUUUUGCAAUGGUACAAAGAAUCAAAGAACGAAAAAAUUAUUUUCAUUUGAAAUUUUUUUUUUCAAUGAGGCAUUGGCAAAUCAUGUCAGAUCAACGAAAGUUGUUUGUUCAGCUGAAAAGAUGAGCUCAGUGAUCAAUGUGAAUUUGAGACAGAAUAAUGAGAAAAGGACAUUUCUUUGACAGUAGAUUAUUAUCUUUACAUAGGAAAAAGCUAUUGACCAAAAGUCUUUAAAAAUGAUGAUGAAAAGUAGGGACAAAAAUAUAUAAGGAAAAGGAAAGCUUCCAAUUCUUUGAGAAGCAGAAAAAUAAAACUUUUCAAGUGUAAAGUGCUGUUUAGAGUAUCUGACAUAUAUAGAGUGCUUAAAAAUAAAUUUUUAGUCAAAAUUAUUUCAGUCGGGGUUUAUUUUUUUCCCUUUAGCUCCAAGUAAAUUACCUUUGAUAUUUGUUCAACAUAGUAAAAAAAAGUAAGAAAAUGAGUUUGAAGUUGUUUUAACCAGAAAUUAUUUUAACCUUUAUACUUCUUGGGGAAAUCAAAUGAAAUUUGUCUGUACAAUGUGAAUUAAUUGUGGAGAAGAAAAGUGGGGAAGAAAAAAUGAAACAUCUACUUGAUAAUAUUGUUUGCUUUGACAUUAUAUUCUUAAAGCUAAGAUGGAGAGAAUUUUUUGGCAGACAGAUUGGUGUGGAAACUGCAACACAUAUCCAAUAAAAGACAAUAAUAUUUCAAAUUCUCAAGUCAGUAAAUUUGUUUCAGGGACAAAUCUUCAAGGUCAGAAACAGUGCCUCUAAAGAAAGAGUGUGACCAGUUCAAUAGGUAUUGGUCUGGAUUAUAGACAGAGAUGAAUGACCCAAAUGAGCUAUAAUGCAACAGCACUUUUUUUUUUACUUUCAUCAAGAGGAGAAACAUCUCACAAGAUAAUGAGAGAAAAGUUUGAUGGAUAGUUCUAUCUAGGGCACACUUUUGGUGGCAUUGAAGGUGCUCCAUGAUUGUUCAUUCCACUGUUCAAAUACCACCAUUACAUGAUCAGCAUUUAAACAUCUUUACUUUUACACAUUGAUGUAUUGAUUUUAAAAUUGAUGUGAUCCUCUUACAUCACCAGUUGUAAGGCCAAACAUAACGCAUACCCAACAAAGCUGCCAACAACGACUGUUAUAAUCUGCUUCCACAAAGAACGAUUGUCUGUGCUGCUCCGCACUAUACACAGUGUCAUUAACAGGACACCACCUGAUCUGCUCAGUGGAAUUAUUGUUGUUGAUGACUUCAGUGAGGAUGGUAAGUAGCAUAAGAAAUAGUUUGGACAUGUGUGUUUCUUUUUAGCAGAACUUAACUCUUAACUCUCUCAAGAUCUGAUUGUUAAAUCUCCCUUCAGCAGUUGUACAUUUCCUUUUGAAUUAGUUACAAGAAUUUGGUGUUAGAUCAUGAUAAAAACUUCUGCCUGAUGAGUUUGAGUUUUCUUAUUACUACUUUGCUGGAUGAUGUAUGGAUGUUCUAAGGAGAAGUUGCAUGUUAAUCACUUCUGGGAGUCAAGGGGUGAACUAAAUACAUUGUGGUGUAACUUCCCCGUCCACCUGCCAUAGGAAGUUUCAACUGAAACUCUUCAUUGUCACAUGAUGCCUUGGUGGUUAGUACCCAGGCUCCAGUCCUGGUGAGCUCUUUGUGUAGUGUGAAACGGGAGAUGGGCGCUUGGAAGGCCAAAUUAAAGGCGAAAAACCAAUGCAAUCGUUGACUUUGAUUACUUUCGACUCUCAACUGAAAAUGCUCUUUGACUAUCGUUCCAUUCCGGGAAAUUAUUUAACACUUCGAGGUGCCUCACAUCACAGAAGCUGAGUUAAGCUUCGAUAGUAAACCUGAAACCUUUUCCUGUCGCUUUCCUCGUUACGAGAAAGAUGUUUAGGGUUCACAUUUUUUUGCUUCUCGUAGAGAGACUUGGUAAACCACUGGAUGACCAUGUUGCAACAAUGAGCAAAGUGACCGUGCUACGGAACGAUAAACGGGAGGGGCUUGUUCGCGCACGCUUGAAAGGUGCCUACGCGGCCAAAGGUGAAGUUCUCACGUUCCUUGAUUCGCACUGCGAGGCGACCCCAGGCUGGGCAGAGCCUCUUUUGGCGCGAAUUGCAGAUUCACGCUCCAAUGUUGUGUGCCCCGCUAUCGAAGUCCUGAAUGCCGACACAUUUGCGUACCAAGGCUCUGCAAACGCUGAUCAGAGAGGAGGAUUCGGCUGGGAUUUGUUCUUUAAAUGGAAAGGAAUUCCCCCGGAAGAACAGAAACUACGAAAAGAUAGUUCAGAUCCCAUCAGGUAACGAGAUAAAAGUGUCAAGAGGGAAAGAAAAAUUGUUCUUAAAAGUUAUCAUAUUAUUCAAAAGGGAUUAAAGAUGUGGACAGACUUUUUAGCAAAGCUGCAGGUUGAUCAUGAUCCCAGAGUGCAAUGAAUAGAACGGCAAAGCAAUACAGUGUGAAUAGAUAAAAAGACUGCUGGAAGCUUGAUACAUUGCGUAAGAGGUUUGAAACUCUAAGCGAGAUUUAAAACCAUGCUAGUAUGCAGUGAUAGUUAUUGCUUUAGUCCACUAUCGCUGCAUAUUGAGAAUAUUUGAAAAAAGCAACAAUCAUAGAAAGAAAUAUUUCAACUUGAGCUAACAUGUUGUCCUUAUGUCUGUCUCAUACUCAGGACCCCCACGAUGGCAGGUGGUUUGUUCUCCAUCCACAGACAGUACUUCUUUGAUCUUGGGUCGUAUGACGAAGAGAUGGACAUCUGGGGAGGAGAAAAUCUCGAGCUUUCCUUCAGGGUGAGACUUAUUUACUAGCGCAGCUCUAAGUUCAUUAUUCUGAAAGCUUUUGAUUGGCCUUUUUAGAGCGCUUUUUGAUUGAGUGUCUUAAGACCAAAACCUAAUUAAUCACAAUCAGAAGAAAGGAAAAUAUUUUUAACUCUUUAACUCUCAACAUCUUAUAGUUAAUUCUCCCCACUGGCUGCUACGCAUUUCCUUGUAAAUUAGUUACGAGAAUUUGGUGUCAUAUCAUGAAAACAACAUCUACCUGAUGAGUUUGAGUAUCCUCAUUACUGCUUUGCUGGAUAGUGGAUGGAUAUUAGAAAGAGAAGUUAGAUUUCAAUCACUUCUGGGAGUCAAAGGGUUAAGAGUCAUGUGAGGUACAUUUAUUAAAAUACUCAGAUUUAAGAUUUGGGGAUUACUUUACAGAUAUGGAUGUGUGGUGGUCGGCUGGAGAUCGUACCUUGUUCUCGCGUUGGUCACGUGUUCCGUAAGUACACCAGCCCGUACAAAUUCCCGGAUGGAGUGGAGAAGACUCUCAACAAGAACUUCAAUCGACUGGCGGAAGUCUGGAUGGACGAGUACAAGGAACUUUACUAUAACAAGAAGCCACAGGCGAGGAACAUGGAGUAUGGAGACAUCAGUAAGCGCCUGGAGUUGAGGAAGAGAUUAGGGUGCAAAAGCUUUAAGUGGUACAUAGAAAACGUGUACCCAGAUGUCCAGAUGCCCGAGUUAAAUCCGCCAGCCAGUGGCGAGGUAAGGGAUAUUUGGUGAAACGAAGUUGCAUUGCUGCACGAUCUAAGCUCGAAGGAGCGACGAGAGUUGGUUCUCCAGAACUGGUUGCUAGGUUACUGCAAGUAACCCUCCCCUCUCAAAACCUCCCUUCGCUCCCCUCCACAUCAAACAAAUCGUAAAUUUUUCUGAUAGUUCUUACGAACCCAUUCAUACUCUGAGCUGGGGAAAGGCUUUGUGUGAGUAGAGAAUUUUUUUGUCUAAAAACUCAAAAAAACGACCCAACCAGUUCUGUGACUCAGAAUUCCCGUCCUAGAUUCCGGCGCUCUAUCCAGCGAGUCACUGCGUCACCGCAGGAGCAAUGAAGGAGCCCCCUAAAAUGAGUGACCUCAGGAACCUAUCUGACAAAAUUCCUGGGUUAUUUCUUUUUAUUUUUCGUUUUUAUUACUUUUUUUUUACAUCGUGAUUAUCCCUAAAGUUUCUGUUUCAAGAGUAUUUUAUUCCUGCUGAUAUAAAAGGUGUCUUUACCUCUUAUAGGUUCGAAACCCGCCAAGUGGAUACUGUUUGGACAGCCUUGGAGCCAAACCCGAACACUCAGCUCGAAUGGGAGCUUAUGUUUGCCAUGGGCAGGGUGGAAAUCAGGUUUGUAACAGAAUGAUAUAAGAACUUUCGAUGUUACCAUGGUACAGGUAUUGCACUAACAGGAACAGGAGUGUUGAUUAUAUAUGAAAUAGGAAAAUUGGCGUUUUAUCUAUAACACUAUCAGCGUUAAUUGAAGAGAAUGCAAAAACCAGUCCUCAUCGUGAAACAGCUUUAAAGUAACUACUUUACGAGAAAUUUGAACAACUUCUGCAUUCUGUGAAAUUUUAAAAACAACUUUGGCAGUUUUCUCAAUUCAUGCAUCUUGAUACAUUGUUGUACACAGAACCAAAAGUUUUUUUUAAGGCUACUUACUUCUUUUGGAAAACUUUUAAAUGACUUUCGAGAGAAAACUUUUUUGCCCCUUAACGCAACGUACGAUCAUAAUAUUUCUUUUUCGUGACAAGGAAUUCGGACAAAAAUUCUCUUAUUUACUGUCAUCAUGAAAAAAUCAAAAUAAAGACUUUCAGGGUUCUCUGACAUGUCGUAUCAAUACAAACCAAUUUGAUUUGUAGGAAUGUACCUCCGAUCUCUUCAAAACUCUUAAGCGACAAUAACAUGGGAACCUCUCAAAUCUUUCCAUCGACCGAAAAAUCACAUAAUUUUGCCAUAAGGACCCCCACAAAUUCGCCCUCAAGUUCUCUCCUACGCUAAAGAGCGAGAGUGAGCUGGAAAUAGUGAGACUGUGGGUACCAGUCUCACUAUUUGGAACAUCAAUUUGUAACGAUUGUUGUGGUUUUAUUUUAUAAUCUUCCUGUCUAGAUGCUGGUAAUGUCGUCAAAAGGCGAGAUAAUCUUUGAGGAAGAGAACUGUCUUGACGUGUCGAAGUCUUAUGCUGGGGCUCCUGUGGAGAUCUUGAAAUGUCACGGGAUGGGCGGCAAUCAGAAAUGGGAACACGACAAAAAAAGCGUAAGUUUGUAUAGAGAGUUCUUUUACUUCUUUUGAAUAAUUAAAACAAGGAUUCAGGGGUAUUACCGAGCAUUUCGCUCCGUAUUUCUUGGACGUUGAAAAACAUCCACGGGUUGGAAUCUGGUAACUCAAGGCCUCAUACCUUCUCGCGGGUGAAGAAACGCCGCGCCGAAGGCUAACAUUGAGGACUAGCUUGCCGGCUAGACUUGCAUUCCAUCAAAUAAUCAAAGUCUUGAAGAUAGCUUAAUGCGUCAACCAAAACUGGCAGGAAUUGCUUUGUGUUUGUGUCUAUGUUUUGUUCCUCGACGUCCACAUCCUUUAAACAGGAAUGUGAUUUCUCUUGGUUACAUCCCUUGCCACUGGGAAGAAUUGAUAGAAAAAGACAAAGGCAUGAUGUUUCUUUUGGCACGUCAAGUCAUAAUCAUGGUCUUAAAUAUCUUUGCGGUAGGACACACUAAUACAAAGUGUCUGUAAUGGGAAAGGGAGUCCCGAGAAGGGCUGAAAUUUUAUGUCAUCUUCUAUCUAUUUUCUUUAUAAUAGGGAAUUAUCAAACACGUCAGUACGGGUCAAUGCUUAGAUCGUGGAUCCAGUGGAGAACAGUACGUAGUUAUGAAUCCUUGUGACGGACGCGAUUCACAGAGAUGGGUCUUCUCUAAGUACAAAGAUACAUAACACCACCUGAAUGUUCCCGCUUUGGAACAAGUUGAAUAUAUCAGUUAUCACAAGAGAUCAAGCUGAGAGACUCUAUUCCCUUUGUGGGCCGUGCUCCAUAGGUAAUCUCUGUUAAGUUAUUUUUAGACAACUCCCGUUUUUGCAGAUCCCGGAAGGAUCUAGAAACAGUCAGUCUAGUGUCGCCAAUUUUGCUCUGGUGCAUAUCCCCUGCACAGUCUGUUUGUUCUUCACUAAAUCAUUCAAAGAAAACGCAAAGUACGUGUCACGUUACACGCAAGAAACAUGCGAGGUACUUGUGAUAUUGUUACCAGGAACCUUGAGUCUAAAACUACUAUAAACGUUCUAUUAAGCUACGGGGGUGGGGGGAGGAUAUAAUGCCGGGCAUUUUCUCUCACCCAGAUUUAAUGACUUCCGUAUAGGGCAUGUAUGUCUGGUCAAAACGCUACGAUAUUUUAAACGGAAAGCAGACUCCAAAAGACGUAUAUUUUCGUGCGCAAUGCCAAAACAAAUGACCAUAAAACUACUGUUUUAGAACUUGAGGGAAGGAGGAGACGGGAGCGUACAAGAAAAUGAUAAGCCAGGACGGGGUUUCUAAUAGAUGGGGGAAAGGGGCUCAUAUGAAAGAGGGGCUUAUUCGAGAAGGGGGG